CGUUUGUUAAAUUUCAUUGAUAACUAGUGUUAAAGCGGAUCAACAUUGUUGUGUACAUUUUUAAAUUAAUUGGCAAAAUAUGGCAACGGAAGCAUUGGAUCCCGCACAAGCUUUCAUGGCGAAGAUAUCUGACCGAUACAAGCCGGUACAUGACAUAACUGCUCGUGGAACGUCCAGUGUGCAGCAGUUUUACUGCGGAGCUACCGUAUUCCUGACUGGAGGAUCAGGAUUUCUGGGAAAGCAGCUCAUUGAAAAACUUUUAAGAGCUACUAAGGUCACAAAAAUAUAUGUAUUGCUGAGAUGCAAGAAAGAUAAAUCUGUACAACAGAGGCUAGUGGAAAUGUUGAAAGAUCCUGUGGAUAUAAUAUUCCAUUUGGCUGCCACGACAAGGUUUGACGAAUUACUAAAGCAAGCUACUUUUAUCAAUAUUCGUGGUACAAGAGAAAUACUUGCUUUAGGGAAAGCUAGUAAAAAAUUAAGUCUAAUAAAAGGUUGGCCUAACACGUAUACAUUCACAAAAGCGGUCGCUGAAGGGCUAGUUGACACGAUGGGUAAAGACCUCCCGAUAUGUGUAGUCAGACCGGCAAUCGUGGUGUGCGCAAUACGAGAGCCAAACCCAGGGUGGGUAGAUUUAUCUUGCAUAUAUGGAGCCAGUGGAUAUAUGUACGCUGUCGGGUUAGGGGUAGCGCACACAGCUUACGGUAAUCAUACAAAUCAAGUGGAUGUCAUUCCCGUGGACUAUGUAAAUAAUACCAUACUUGCUGCUGCAUGGGAAACGGCUCGGACUAAAAGUUCAACACCACAAAAAGAUGAAAUUAAGAUUUAUACAAUCGCUUCGGCUUUUAAAAAUCCAAUAACUUGGAAUUCGCAAAUUUAGCUCAAAAGUUGACAAAAAUGACAUUAGUGUUAUCUCAUUUUAUAACACAUCAGUGGAAAUUUGAAGACCGAAAUACAUCAGCGCUCCUUGACAGUUUGUCGAAAGAUGAUAGAGAGGUCUUCAAUUUUGAUGUGACAAACAUAGACUGGACUGAGUACAUAUUAAUAUGGUGUCUAGGCUUGAGGAAGUACUUCGUAAAAGAUGGAUUAAGUGGUACCUUAUACGGACGCAAAAAGCAAAUGAUUUUGAAAAUCAUAACUUUUAUUGUAUUGCCUCUAUAUUUUUAUUGUG